AUGGGCAAGUUUAAUCUGCUGGCUCUGGCCGGCCUGGCUGCCAACCUGGCAGUAGCCAAGGAAGUCUAUCUUGACUGGAACGUCACUUGGGUCAAUGCCUCCCCCGAUGGAUUUGAGCGACCCGUGAUCGGAAUCAAUGGUCAAUGGCCAUGCCCGCAAGUUGAUGUGGAAGUGGGUGACCGCGUGAUUGUCGACGUUUACAACGGACUGGGCAACCAGUCUACCGGCAUCCACUGGCAUGGCUUCCACCAGUAUGGUACUGGCAUCAUGGACGGCAGCAGCUCCGUCACUCAAUGCCCGAUCCCCCUGGCCAACCAAACUGGAACCUACUGGUACCACUCGCACAACAUGGGUCAGUACCCAGAUGGCUUCCGCGGUUCUUUCAUUGUCCAUGACCCCAACCCACCAUUCCAUUACGACGAGGAGUUCACUCUCACGCUGAGCGACUGGUAUCACGAGCAGAUGCCCAACCUCCUCAACCAGUAUGAGUCCUUGGAAAACCAGAAGAACAACCGUGGACUUGAGCCUCUCCCAGACUCGGCCUUGAUCAACGACUCGACCAACACCAAGAUCAAGGUCCAGCCUGGAAAGACCUACCUGGUUCACAUCAUCUGUCUCGGUAACUGGCCAGGCCACGCCUGGGUGUUCGAUGGCCACGAGAUGACCGUAGUUGAAAUUGACGGCGUCUAUGUUGACCCAUAUCCUGCCGGGGACAAGAUGCUGCGUAUUGCUCCUGGUCAGCGUAUGGGUGUCCUCAUUCAUACCAAGAAUGAUGCCAGUCAGAACUUUGCCAUCUGGGACACCAUGGAUGUCAACAUGAUGUUCUUCUACCAGGACCGUCCCAUUCCCGAUGGCUACAACCCCAAUGCUACCGCCUGGUUGGUCUACGACGAUGCUAAGCCCCUGCCUCCUCCGCCGAGUUUCAGCGAGCUGGACUUUGUUGAUGACCUUUCAUUCGUUCCGGUCGACAAGGAGCCGCUACUUCAGCCUAUGCACCACCAGAUCAUUCUGGACACGUAUGAUACCGAGAUCAACGGUGUGAAGCGCUUCACCAUCAACAACAAGACCUACAUCCCUCAGGAUGUUCCCACUCUGUACACUGCCAACACAAUUGGAGCCAAUUUCUCUUCCAACCCUGAGGUCUAUGGGCAGGUUAACCCUAUCAUUGUCAAGUAUGGCGAGAUCGUUGAGAUUGUCAUUAACAACCACCACAACAACCUGCACCCGUGGCACUUGCACGGCCAUCAAUUCCAGGUUGUCCAGCGUACUACUGUUGACGGUGGCUAUUUCACUGGUGCUUACUGGCAAAACAUCUCGCACACCCCUGUCCGCCGCGAUACCAUCAUGGUGCAGAACCACGGCCAUGCUGUCAUUCGCUUCCGUGCUGACAACCCUGGUGUUUGGCUUCUGCACUGCCACGUUGAAUGGCACGUCGAGGCUGGCCUGAUGGCUACUAUCAUCGAGGCUCCGGAGACUUUCCCUCAGUCCCAGAAGGCUCCCCUCAAGAGUCACUACGAGGCUUGCGCUGCCUAUCCGGACCCUAGCAAUGGUAACGCUGCUGGAAAGCAUGGUCUUGACUUGAAGGGCGCCCACACUGUGGUCCCCGUCGGUAGCAACGGUGCUAUGUACCCGCCCAAUGCUAAGCCUGUUGCUCCUCUGCCUGUGACCACCGCUGCUGCUCCGCCGCCGCCAGAGACUACAUCGGCCGCUCCCCCGCCUCCGGCUCAGCCAACGCACACCCAGUCGCCGCCACCAGAGCAGCCCCCGGCACCUAAGCCUACCCACCCUCAUGGCCCGCCUCCAUUCCAGCCUCCAGCUCCCAAGCCUACCGCUGAGCAGCCUGCCCCUGCCCCUCACGCUCCUCCUCAUGCUCCGGCUCCGGCUCCUGCUCAACCUGCUCCGGAGGUCGUACCCCAGUAUGAGCCCAUUCCCUUUACUGAGUACUACCCUGAGUCGUACCCAGAGAACGAGCCCAUCUACGCCCAAGAGCAGGAUGGCCAGAAUCACGACCACGGCCACGGCCAGGUCGGUGAUGGCAAGGACGGUGUUGCUCCCACCUAUGGCGACUCUCAGGAUACAAAGGGCCCAUGGCCCCAGCCCCACACUGACAAGUCGCAUGGACAAGUCGGCGAUGAUCACGAGGACCAACCUCUCGUCGCUCAUACCGAGGACACAAAGGGCCCUUGGCCAAACCCCCAUACCAACAACGGCUACGUUAAGGAGGGUGGUCAUACUUACAAGACUCCCGAAGACACUUACCCUAACCUGCCGAAGGACUACCAGUACUGGGGCCAAUAUGAACGCAAGCAGUAG